UACAUAUUUACAUUACGUGCACUUUGGCGGACAGUUCCAAAUUUGCGAAAAUGUAUCGCUUGGCAGUUCUUUUUCUGCUGUUAAGUCCGGCACUUUGUCUGUUCAGUACCAGUGAUGAUGUUAUCAAACUCACAGACCAAAACUUUGACCAAGUAACAUCAAGCAAGGAACUAUGGUUUAUUAUGUUCUAUGCAUCUUGGUGUGGACACAGUAAAAAUGCUGCUCCAGAUUGGAAACGAUUCGCCACUAAUUUUAAGGGUAUUAUAAAAGUUGGUGCGGUUGAUUCUGAAAACAACCCUACGGUAACUCAACGGUUUUCUGUUCAGGGCUUUCCAACAAUUAUUAUAUUUGGAGAUAAUAAACACAGUCCUAAACCAUAUACAGGUGGUAGAGAUAUUGAUCAUCUCAACAAAGAGGCUUUACGCGAACUUACUUCUUUAGUGAAAUCUAGGACUGGUUCUGGAUCGUCUGAUGGCUCUGACAAAGAUGACGUAAUAGAGCUUACGGACAGCAAUUUCGAUGAAAUGGUUCUCAACAGUCAAGAGCCGUGGUUGGUAGAAUUUUUCGCCCCUUGGUGUGGUCAUUGUAAAAAUUUGAAACCUCAUUGGGACAAAGCAGCUCGUGAAUUGAAAGGAACUGUCAAAUUAGCCGCUUUGGAUGCUACGGUUCAUAGUCGAAUGGCUCAGAAAUAUGGGAUUCGGGGUUAUCCUACCAUCAAAUUCUUCCCUGCUGGACCGAAAACAGAUGACCCUAUUGAUUACGAUGGUGCUCGAAGUUCAGAUGCGAUCGUUGCGUGGGCUAUGGAAAAAGCCGAUGCUUCUGCUCCAGCACCAGAGAUUGUUGAAUUGACUUCAGCAAGUAUUUUAAAAGAAGCUUGUGAAGAUCGUCCACUUUGCAUCAUCAGUGUUUUUCCUAUGUUAUUUGACUGUCAAUCAGAAUGUCGUAAAAAGUACCUGGAUUUACUAAAAUCAGAGGCUGAUAAAUUUAAAAAGCAGAAAUGGGGAUGGGUUUGGACUGAAGCACUCAAACAUCCUAAUUUAGAAAAUGCACUCGAUAUUGGAGGUUCAGGAUAUCCUGCUAUGGUUGCUGUACAUGGGCGUAAAAAGAAAAGGACUACAUUACGAGGAGCAUACAGCUCAGCUGGAGUCCAUGAUUUCCUUAGACAACUUUCAGUUGGCGGCGCAACUCUCCCUCUGUAUGAUGUGAAUUCGUUACCCGAAAUAAAAACUGUUGAACCCUGGGACGGAAAAGAUGCUCAGCCUAUUGAAGAACAAGACGACGACGAUUUAAAAGUGGAAUUAUAGUGCCACAUAUAUUUCUUUUUUUUGUAUUCUGUUAUAUCCCUGUGUUAUUAUCCGUUUCUUGGAUAUCAUUUUUAUGGCUGCACGUCCUUUCUAUACGGUUGUACAAUUUGUUUACUUCUUGGGCAAUUCCAUAAAUUUCAUUUAAUUGUAAAUGGGUCGUUUUCAUUAAAUGUCUUGUGUUUGG